AUGCUUCCUUCAACGAUGGAUGAUUUAAAGGAUGAAAGGAGCAAGGACAGUAAUAAAGCACUGUAUCAAGCAGUGAAAUUGUUAUGGCGACUGUUUAAUCGUACAGGUAUCUCCCGUAAUAUGCUUCCCAAAUUCAAGAUAGUCAUCAUAUUUGGCGCUUCCGUCACAGCGCUUCUGUAUUAUCUGUCAUUGGACUGGACAGUUUUUGUGGAAGAUCAGAGUUAUGGAAUUGCCGCUGUUCAAGGUCAACAGGUCCGUUAUCAGAUUGAAUCACGACCUUGCUCCGAUGUGAAAAAGGAUUGCUAUACUGUUUAUGAUGCUGUCGAUAUAUUUACUGGUGAUGUUAAUCGUUUUUUAAUAACACGACAUGUUCGAAAAAAACACGAAAUUGUUGUACGCCUCAUCCCACCUACAGGUAUCAAGUCUAGAGAGUCGGAUUCACGGUUCUGGAAAGUGAAUCAUACGCAUAUCAAUAGGCAGUAUGAAGCAGUUAUGUUAACUGUACCAUUUGGUGUUGCUGCGUUGACACUUUCUGAUUACGCCAACCUGGCAGCAAAUGUUCUGAUAAUCGGUCUUGGUAGUGGCAGCAUGAAUACGUUUUUGAUAGAUCGUUUUCCGAAGAUGGCAAUAACUGUUGUCGAACUGGACGAAGUCGUUAUUGAUCUAGUGUGGCGGUGGUUCGGACUGGAAAAAAAGUAUGGAAAAGUCCAGAUUGUCACAAUGGAUGGCGUAAAAUUUAUUGAAAAAGCAGUAACUAAGAAAAUCCUCUUUGAUGUUGUACUCAUUGACGUAUGUGACGAAAUUGGCGAUGUAAUUUGUCCUGCUGAACCAUUCGUCCAUCCAAAUUUUAUCAAAAAUUUGAAGAGAAUUCUGGAACCGACAGGAAUUGUGGUACUAAAUAUUUUGCCACGUGAAGAGGUUUUGGAUAAAGUCGAUGAGGUAGUGCAUGCAUAUCAAAGGCAGUUUCCAACAUGUGCUGUUGCUCCGCUGCUUCAUGAAAAGAACAGAAUACUAGCGUGUCAAAUUGUACAGCAAGUUGACCCUCAUACCAGUCAACGUUUGAUGUCCCAACGAUUUCAAGAGACUUGGAAUCAUUUCGGUUUCAUCCAAUUGUUUGGUGCCAUGGAAAUGUCUUUCGUAAAUGAUAAAAAUAAAGCAGAAAACAUUUCACGCUAUUGAAUUUUGAAAUUCUACUUGAAACCAAUUCAGCACAAUAGUGAUUCCUAGUAUUUUUUAUAUUCCC